AUGGCCGACUCAAGCCGUGCUGGGGACCCUUCUGCUGGAGAUGUCCCUGUUGACACUCGCUCCGUUUCAGAGGAAUCAGACUCGAGUAACGAGGAGGGCUGGGAAGAUGUUGAGCCCGAUGAAGAAUCUCAGCCAGUCAUGAGCCUUUUCUCAGAGCAAGUGUUCCCUGACGUGCGGUCUAUGCUCAAGGACUCGAAAGAAAAUUAUGAUUUUGAUCUACUCAAAAUCCAGAAAGAUCUUGGAUUGGACUUCCUUGAUACCAUCAAGUUGGUCAAUUACGUGCGCUCGCAGGUAAAAGCAGGAAAUAAGUAUCCCGACGUCUCGUCCAAGUCUAAAUUCGAGGACGACGCCUACCUAAAACCCGUGCUCGAGGACGACGCUUUGUUGUACAGUUUGGAUGAUAUUGCGGAGGAUGCCCAAGAUGCUGCCCCGGGAAGUGAAGCUGAGAGGAAGGUUAUCGAACUCCAAGAGGAAUUAGAAAGGCUACAAUCUCAGUUCUCUGAGUACAGGAUUGCUGUUCAGAAAUCCCUCGAGGACCAGCUAUCGAAGGAGGAUGAAACCCUGGGUCUGAAUGGGACCACCAGUUCGGAAGAAAUAGCAGCAAACCGUGCAUCCGAAAUCGAUGCGGAUUAUUUCGCGUCCUACGCUUACAACGGCAUUCACGAGUCCAUGUUGAAAGAUACAAUCCGCACGGAUGCCUACCGUGAUUUUGUCUAUGAGAACAAGCAUGUUUUCAAGGACAAGGUCGUCCUUGAUGUCGGCUGCGGUACGGGUAUUCUGUCGAUGUUCUGCGCCAAGGCCGGUGCUAAGAAGGUGAUCUCUGUGGAUAACUCGAAUAUUAUCGACCGCGCUCGAGAGAUCGUCUACGAUAAUGGACUGGGAGAUGUGAUAACAUGUAUCCGCGGAAAAAUUGAAGAAGUCGAAUUGCCGGUUGACCAAGUCGACAUCAUCAUUUCCGAGUGGAUGGGCUACGGACUUCUGUUUGAGGCCAUGUUUGACUCCGUCAUCUAUGCUCGCGAUCGUUAUCUUGCUCCUAAUGGUCUCAUGGUACCCUCGCAUGCUACCCUGCGGAUUGCACCUUACGCAGACCCUGACUUCAUUGCCUCUCACAUUUCUUUCUGGGAAAAUGUUUACGGCUUUAAGAUGAACAGCAUGCUGCUCAAGAUCUACGAUGAAGCUGUCGUUCGUGGAAUUCAUCCCAACACAAUCGUUGGUGACUCCACGGUCUUCCUGCCUUUGCCUCUCCACACCAUCACCGUCGAAGAACUGACCUUUUUGAAGAACUUCCAGGUGACUCUGAAAGAGGAUAUCGAUGCCCUUGAUGGCUGGGCUAUUUGGUUUGAUAUUUUCUUUAUGCCGUCGCGUGAUUCGGAUGUCCCCGAAGAUGCCAUUCCCUCGGAUAUGCAAAAGAAGGGAUACGUUGCCUUCACCACCGGACCUGAUGGAACCGAGACCCAUUGGCAGCAGGUUGUCGCCCUUAUUGACUACGACAAGAAGAAGCCAUGUCCUCUUAAGAAGGGAGAUGUCAUCAAGGGUACUAUUGGUUACCGGAAGAGGAGCAAAGAGUCGCGGGGGCUCGACAUCAACAUCCAGUGGGAAGGUGAGAAUACGAAGGGCAACCAGAAAUGGGGACUUCAAUGA